CUCAUUGCAUAAUCAAUUGAUCUUCAAGUACAUUUCAUUAGUAAAAGUGAUCAAAAAAAUUUCACAAUAUGUCGACUGUGACAUUCACGGAGGAGUUCACAAGCACCGUGGCCGCGCCGCGGCUGUUCAAGGCAUUGAUCGUUGACGGCGAUAACCUAAUUCCCAAAAUUGCCCCUCAAGCCCUAAAAAAUAUUGAGAUUCUUGAAGGAAAUGGAGGCCCCGGAACCAUCAAGAAAAUCAACUUUGCAGAAGGUAGUGAAUUUAAGUACAUGAAGCACAAAAUUGAUGUUCUAGACGAGGCAACGAUGACCUAUUCUUACACAUUGAUCGAAGGCGAUCCAUUGAUGGACAAGCUCGAAAAGGUUACUUAUGAAACGAAGAUGGAAGCUAGCGAAGAUGGUGGUACCAAGGGCAAAAAUGGUAGUACAUAUUAUACGAAACCGGGUGUCGAGAUCAAAGAGGAAGAGAUCAAGGCUGGAAAAGAGAAAGCAGCUGGUUUGCUUAAGGCUGUGGAGGCCUAUCUCUUGGCCAACCCAGAGAUUUAUGCAUGAAUUUAUGAAGAUGAAUUUUCAACAAAUUAAACUUGGCUAUGUAUUGUGUUUUGAGUUUGUUUUGCCCAACCUAUGUAUGUGAAUUGGGUGGAAAAUAAGAUGUUUCGUGGUGAUGAAAUGGAUAUGUUUUAUUUCGUUUUA